AGAGUCGCGUGUCCGUGCUAUAAGGGCGUAAGUGGAAGGCAAGCUGAGCGAGUGACAAGAAGAGCAAGACUUUGACCGAUAUCGAGUUGUUUUUUACCUCUUCUCGCUAUUUCCAGCCUCUGACAAGCACCAUGAUAUUUGCGAAGGGCGAGAGUGCGUGAGUUCGGUGCGAAAUUCGAUGGCGGAGAGGGAGAAAGAGGCUGAAAUAAGAGGCUUUGACGAGGGACGCUGCGAGGCGGAUGACCGGGAUCGCGAGAGGAACCCAGGCAUAAGUGGCGAUUUUCGGCGGUUCUCAAGUCCCAAUCACUCCAAGAUGUAGACGGAAGCCAAGCCUGGAAGAUGGUCAAGCGGAAACGCACUCUCAGUACCAAGGAAAACAACGAGAGUGCGAACCAAGCGAGUGAUGCAGACCAGUGCAGUGAUGCUGCCAAGCGACUAAAGGCUGGUGGAAGCCCAGGAGUGCUAGAAGGUGGAAGACCAGCGGAACUUGCCAGCAGGCAGCCUGACCAUGCCCAUCCACCUGCCUCAUCCACUGUCACAUCCACUGUUGAUGGAACAGUGACAGCAAGCUUACCAGUUUCUGUGGGGCCUUCUCAAUCAAUACCCGAUGUGCCUUUACCGCAGCCCUCUGUCAUACCACAGACCCGGUCAGUGCCACAACUACGUACAAGUGCUCGGGUGCUCAACAAGCAGCGCAGAGAGGAAACCAAAGUCGAUAAUGUUCAAACAAAUGUUGUAGGAACCAGAAAAUCAGAUGUGACAGGCCUAGAAUCCGAAUAUGGAGACGAAGAGGAGACACUUGGUAGUGGUGGCGGCAACAGCAAGAAGAGGAGGCGAGCAUGGGAACUAUGGUCCAUGGAAGACAAAGACAUCUUCUUUGAGUCCAUCAAUGAGUGCGGCAAAGAUUUUGAGGCCAUUCAGAAUUACAUUACAACCAAACUCAGGAAGAAAGGUACACCAGGUUUCCAGAUCAAGAACAAGGACCAGGUGCGGCACUUUUACUACAGAACCUGGCACAAAAUCUCCAAGUACAUCACAUUUCAUGAAGGAGUCAAGAAGGCCACCCAGGAACUUUACGGCCUCAUUAAUUAUGGUGAGCUGCGCAAGAAGAUUGGAGGCACACUAGAUGAGCGCAAGGGGCAGAAGUUGCAGGAGUUGAUUCGCAAGGGUUCUACCAGUGUCAGGGUUAAAGGCAAAAGUGUCAGGGUGAGAACACCUAUUUGCCGAGCUCUCAAAAAGCUGAAUCAGAUUGAAGAACAUCGUGAGCAUGGAGAGCUUAGAGUCCCCUUAAGCAUAACAGUGGAAAUCGUGCCUGCAAGUAUACAUGCUUGGUGCCAUGUCCAGGGGCAAGCGCACAAUCCUCGGGUCCGUGUGACAACUCCUCUCCAACGACCUUUGGCAGCUCUCAUUUCCCACCUGCAGGAGAAGUGGCGGAGAUCAGAACUGAAGCUUCGAGAAACCCUUUCCUCCAGGGCGACGUUUCCUGUGAAUCUGGAGGAUGUCAAGGAAAAGGUUCUGAGAAUAUUACCUCCCAAGGGCACUGUUAUUAAGCCAAUCUCAGUGCAGCCUGAUGUGUUGAUGAAGAGCUCAGCAGUGUCCCUCCUCAGCCACGAGGCAAGACUCAGACGGCGUGGAGAGAAAAUUGGAAGAAGUAACAAGCGCAAGGAAAACAAACAACCCUUGAACAAGGGACCAACAGAAGAGAUAAUCAUUGAUGAGAUUGCAGGAGAGGGGGAGGGUCCACAGUGUGAUGCAGAGGGGCUGGGGGGAGAUGCAGAGGGUCCUUUGGCUAGUGAUCGUACGUUAUGGCUUUCCUCUGCGGAGGUAGAUUUAGAAGAUAUUCCUUGGGGAAGCGAGACUAGUCUGGGCUUUCUCAAGACCAAGGAAUCUGGAGGUCUCAUCUACGAUUAUUAUACUUGUGACAGUUGGAUAAUGAGGUGGGAAGUCAGAGCUCAACAGAAGCAUGGACAGUUUUGCUUGCGGUGGUAUAGCUGUGGCAUAUGCUGGAAUCAGAGAUUAUGUAUGCUCUUGACUGCUGACUUUGAGACUUUCAUUCACAUUCAGGAGUGGCUGGUUCAUAAGACGUGUGGCAAAAACCUGUGCGUUACUCGCUACCAGCAGAUUCUAGGUAGUCCUCUCAGGGAGGGUAUGCGGCGGGGAACGUGGGUUGAUAGUGCGGAGCCAGAAGAUGGCAUGAGAUAUAGUCAGAUGCGCGAAAGUAGCGACAAAGCUCUAGGGUUGGUACAGGGCGAAGUCCUAACAGUGGUAGGGCCCUCUUGUCUAGUGGACUGGAUUCAGGGUGUCGGAACUGGUGGAACGGGAGGCAGCCUUUCAGAUCGUGCCGUAGAACGCAGUGAAAUGCAGUGGAUGUGGUGUAAGAAUGACGAAUUGGCACAGCUAGCAGCACCAGCAUGGAGUCAGAAAGUGACGUUGCUUGCACCAUUUUCAUCAGGGUUCCAUACCAACAACAAGCACACUCGAGGCUCACAAGGAUCAAGGGGAAUGGCAGGGAGUUGCGGGUCGUGUAGGCGACUAGGGGUGAUGGGAGCGUUCAGAGUAUUUGAUGUUAAGUUAUUGAUGGUUGAACAACUAAAAUUCUAUAUAGCUAUUAUGGACUUCCAGGACAUACCACUAUGUCGUCUGAAAAGACACAGCGUUGUCGUGAUCCAUAACUAUAUGGUCAAUUUGUGUGGCUAUACAUUGCGCAUUCAUACCUUAGAGUACGGAAUUUGCCUCCAUAAUGUUCUCUUGCGUGCUGAUACAUUCUAUACUCACGCAUAUGAACUAUGUUGUCGGACAAGGGAUGAUCACAUCUCAUUGGCAUCUAAUCAACAUGACUCAGCCAAUAAGACAUCAUCAUGUGGGAUAAGCAAUAGCACAGUCAAGGCUAGGAGCAUGGAAAGCAAAGGAAGCUUAUGGCAUCGUCUACCUUGCAACGCAAGUCACAGGAAAAUGGCAUCUGCGUGGACCGGGGCAGAGCUCAUAGUCCUGAAGCCUUUCUUUUUUUCCCAUCUUUUACCAGGCUUACUUGCUGCUGCAACUCAGCCCCGUUCUCUUGAUUCUGCUCUCCUGGGUACACCAUCUCUAGUAAGUGACAGUUGCGGGAUUGCUACUGAAAACAAUGGUGAUGGUAGCAGCGUUGUUGAAGGGAUCUCUGCAGUGGAUAUAUCAGGCUUUCCAGCCUUGUCCACCACACCUCCCUCCCCACCCUCGUCACCCUCACGUCUUCUGCAGCAGUCUGAUAACCAGUGGCUUAACAAUGAGGUCAAUGAUUUCUCCCUCUCAAGCCUGCUAGGACAUUUUGAGUCCCCAGUCAAGGGAUCAUCUUCUCGGGGAUCAUCACAGCCUGCUUCCUCGGGCCCCAUGUUGCCGAAUCUCAUAUCUGUGUACAAUGAAAAUAGUGUAGACUUUACAGCAAAGUUUGCAGAGUUGAAAGCUCAGGCAUCAGAAGUCUACAAACAGUAAUUUAUUUUCCUAAAAGUCUCAAAUGGUAAAAGAUUUUGAACCUGAUCUUUUUGUAAAUCUUUUUGUACAAAUACAUUAAACUUGAGAAAAGAGCAUAAACUCUAGUUACUUUUCUUCACUACAUAAUAAGCAUUGCACAAUUUAGAUUAUCAAUGCAUAAUUUUGUUAUUUGUAGAGACAAGAGUGAUUACAAAUUUGUUGAGAUAGUACAUAUCAUAUCACUCUAGUCUCUUAAGCACUGAAAGGGGUUUGUUGGCCAACUUGCAUAAAGAUUUUGCAGUCGUGAUUAUGUAAAUAAUUUUCCUAUUAACAGAUGGUCAGACAAGCUGGACAAAUCCAUAUUGAAUACUUAGAUUGAUGAUAGGUGCUAGGAAAGGAUUGAAGACCAAGUAACAAAAGUAAUUGAAGGAAAUUGCAAGUCACCUUGAGUUUUACCAUUCUUGAUCAAAACAGUAUUAUGGUUUCAAGUAUUAACUUAAUUAGUAUUUGGCAGCAAGGCAAAAAUGCACUAGAAUGUGGAGAAACACAACACAAAAUGCACCUGCUUCAUUGUUAUAUAUUCAAUCAGAAGAAACACAAGUAGCAUAUUGAGUAAAUUAUCUUGCUCCACCAAAGUUCGUACGAGGACCUAGCAGUUCUCAUUGUAACUAAAAUCCACUUUACCAUUUCUGCCACUUAAGUCAUUAAUAUGGCAGAUAAUUUUAGAUAACCCAUUUUCCAUAGUAUCAAAACAAGUAUUAACAAUUGGGUGCUCUCUCAUGUAUACAUUGCUAUUUAUGAAGCAUUACAUGUAUGUCUUGGUCAAGGCACCUUCCUAUUACUUUAGACCUUAACUUGCUGCAAGCACUGGAAAUCACAUGGAGUUCAUUAUGGUUUCAGUAAACUAAGAGAUGUAAGAGAAAAUAACAUUUAGUACAAGAGUUAACAUAGGUUCCUAGUGUAAAAUGUUGUGUAGCUUGUCAUAAGUAAUAGUCUGUGCUGUAUGACAAGUUUAUAGUGCCUGAUGCUAACAUUCAGCAGAAAUGAGUGCAAGGGUUGGUGAUUGAAUGACAGUGUUGACAUUAAUGCAGUAGAAAGAACUCAGUACUUCAAGAUCUUGGCUGUAGUACUUCUAGGAUUUCAAAUUUCUUUUAUUUUUUUCUGUCACCAAAAAGAGUAAAUUACAGUUUUGAAAUUUUUGACAGCUUUGUCAGAUCAACAAACUGAACAAGACUCAUUGGUGCUAUUUCUGAUUUAGUCAUCCCAGUGUGCGUGGUCUAAUUAACAUACUGUGUUACAUUUCAUUUAUGAUUUCAGAAGGGCAAAAAAGCUCUGUCUUUAGUGUGCAAAGUACAUUGUUAAAUGAUAAACAAGCUUCAGUUUGUUCAGCUUUUACUCCAUCACUCAUUCACAAUAUAAAGCAGGGAAAUUCCAGUCAUUUCUGUAAUAUUUCACCUGUAGCUCAGUAGAUAUUUGCAUUUUCCAUUGGGAACUGCUAUCAAAUUUCAAUUUGUUAGCCACCGUUUGCAACCAUUUCAAGUAAGGAAGAUUUGAAAGCUUUUUAAAAAUAAUUUUAUGCUAAACAAAUUUAUCUUUUUCUGCUUGGGUUGUAAAUCAGUUAUUUGAUUGAUUGAUUUUAAAAGGUGCCAUUUUUAGAAUUAGCCUUUUACCAGACAGACAACUUCCACAUAUUGUGGUCUUCCUUAUAGGUUGGUAAUAAAAAAAAAAAAAAAAAAAAAAUCAUCAUCACAUCCAUUUAUCUAGUUUUCAGAAAUUUUCUUGAACUUGGUAAAAAGUAGAAUGAAUUACUUCCUGCUUCAAAGCAUUCAUUGUGAAAAUGCAUAAUCUCAAUACUAUCCUUGAUUUAUAUUGUAAAGUACAUGCAAAGAUGGCAUUUUUAGUUUGACAUUGUAGAUACUGUAUGUUGUUCUUUGUGAAUUCCAAAGAAGCUCAUAUAACAUGUGAAAGGUGCAUAAAUAACAAACAACUAAAACUGCAUUAAGGGAGUGGGGACUUCAUCAAGUUAGAAGCGAAGAAAAGGCACUGGUUCUUAUAACUGUACAAAGGUAAAGAGAGAGUAACCAAUACAACUGUAGAAUAAGAAGUUAGUUUCACCUAUUAGAUAAAUGCAAAUAUGUUCAGUAAUUGGCUAGAAGAAUCUGUGUAGAUAUUGACAAUAGUACCUGGUUUCCAAUAGUUUAAAAAAAGAAAAAAGAAAAAAUAGUUAUUUAUUCAUAGCAAUAGAAAGUAAAGUGAAUGAUCUCUAUUACAUUUACUCUAAUUAAUGGAAAGAUUUAUUAGUAAUUUUUGGGACAUUUUACUUUGUAUUUUUAUUUUAUUUUAAAGAACUGGGGCUUUAGGAUGAUGUGAAUGAAACUAUAUUUGAAAUGAAUUAAGAUUUUUAAAAUCAGGAACAAAUUGCUAACUAUUCAUUAUUUUUGAAAGUAAAGGAAUGUAGGUUUAUUUUCCUUUUCUAACUCAUCUAUAGGCAAGUUGACAAAUAACAUCCAAAUGGCUAUUUUUUUAUGAACAGGUAAACAUGAAACCCAGACCUCAGACAAAAGUUCAUAUACGAGAAAGCUUGAAAAAAUGAAGCAUUAUUUUUCUACUCUUAUACAGCUGGUAAAAAAAAUGAUUUAAUGUGUGUAUCUCAUUUGAUUUUAGCUUAUUUGACAUUUAUCAUUUUCUCUUGACUACAUUUAAAGGUACAUUUUGCUGUGAAUCCAAAGAUUCUUUCUUGUAUACAAAUAAGAGGAAUAUAUACUUAAAAAGAAACUUAUCAGUUUUAUUUGUUACAGACCAUUUCAUGUACAAGGCUGUGUUAUUUUUAUUAAAGGAUUAUGAAAAUAUGCUUGUUUAAUAGUCCUUUGAUAGACUGUAUGACUUUUGAUGUCCAGCACAUUUAUUUCUUUAAACCAUUAACCAUUAAUAGUCCUGUAAAAUGAGAUGAUGAGGGGAUAAGAUGAUAAAUGCAGUAUAUGUAAUAUUUUGAGUUCUGUAGAUAGUACUUCAGCAUCCCAGAAUGGUAAUAUAUUUAUAAUGAGAUUUGCAGAUAGGAAGGGGUUGAUUUUAAAGUAAGAUAUAUGUGCUGUUGAUAAAUAACAAUCUCGGACUACUAAAUAAUAUAUAUUUUGAAAAUGUUUUUUACCGCUGUCAACUUUUAUCAAACAAUGAAAUGUGCUUUCCAUUACAUGAUUCUUGGAUGGACUGAAUGAAUCUUGUAGGUAAAAAUGAAAAAAGUAGAAUUGGAGGUCUAUUAUUUUAUGUUUUUGUGCUGCUAAUGAUUGACUAUAACAUUAGGAAAGAAAGUGCAUUACAUAUCAUUCUCUUCUUUAACAUCUGUUCACUAUAUUUCUACUAACAUUUCCAAUGCUUAAUUGUCAACCUGAGCAGAACUAUAAUGUAUAUCUAAUUAUGAUUAUUUUCUUUAUUCAUAAAGUUACUGUACAGCUAUACAUAUACAGGAAUUUUAAUUUAUCAAAAAGUUAUUAAUAUGCAGUACCAUUUUUUAAAACUGGGGAGUACAUACAGUUCAAUAGUAGCACAUGCAUCACACACAAAUAAAACUAUUUAAUAUAUCAAAAUAGGAAAAAAGGAAACAAUUGAAUUUUUCCCUCCAUCAUCUCUGAAAGAAAGAAAAAAUAAAGAUAACAUACAUGUGCCAAAGAAACAUCAUAAAUAAAGAUAAAUAAAAACAAUGUGUAUAUGGUGUAUGUGUAAUUGAAGUAACGUGUUUAUGUUUUAAUAAAGAUACUUAUAAAAUGCUAUUGCUACUGCAUAAAAAAUGAAAUAUCCCUGAGAAACCCUAUUUUCAGUCUUAUACUUUGUGGUCAAAACAAAAAAUUUUUGCCUUUCCAGUAGAGAGUAUCUCUGGACAGAUAUCAUCUGUUUGUAUGUUUCCCAAGAUUUGUUAUCCAAACAAAAUUGUAUUAUGUAUAAUUUCAAAGCAUUAUGUUCUUAAACGAUAAAACUGUACAGUUACACAUGGGGGUAACAAGGAGUUAAAUAUAGAAACCCUUAAAAUGGAUUGUGUAUGUCUUCAACAGUGUUAUAUUGUUAACUUGCAAUCUAUAUGAUUAAUAUCAAUUCCUUGCUAUUCAUACUGCUUCAAAAAAGCAGUAAGCCACUACACAAUGCAGUCUUUCAGAAGCUAUAGGAAUUGGUAACAUCCUUCAAUAAGAGAAGAUAGUCAAACAAUCUACAUCUACUCUAUAUUGAUUUUAAGGGACAAUAUGAAUUAAAAUGUAAUAGCAAAAUUGCAAUGAAUAAAAUAUUUUUUGCUUUCUUAA